GAUACCUACUUUUAUAUUAAACGGGCACCUGUUAUCUUGGAAACGGAAGCGUCACCGCCAUUUGCAGUCUCGAGGAACAAACAUGGAGGAGGUACUUGAACAAAACAAGGAUCAUGGACUUGCUGUCAAAACAGAAAGUGGCGAAUUUUAUCUGAAGGGACGUCCAUGUGAAAUAUCUGCAUUUUCUUUUGUUCCAACACAAAGACACGAUCCACCAGAAAGAACUGCAUUUAAUUCACGAAAACCAGUGAUGAUAGACAGACAGGAAAAUCCCAACAGAACGUAUGAUAGGCUGUUCAGAAAGCAGACAGGUUACAAUAACAAAUUACACAGAGAUGACAGGGAGCAUGCUAAAUCCAGAGGUCUUACAGUUAAUGAUGAGGAGAAAAUAAAAGCUGUACCUACGUUAGCAUCAUCAGUGUAUGGACACAAUCUUGAGAGGUUUGCCGAUCAUCCAGAUAGAAAACAUGUUCGAAUAGCGCACGUUAAGACAGAAUUCUACAGACGGAAUGGAACAGCAGCAUCUUGAUUGGCUGUUAUAUAUAGAUCUUCAUUUUAUACUUGUUACAGAAGACUUUCAAAUAUCAUAAAUUAUGUCACAUAAACUGCCUUGUAUUUACACAUUUAUUGUACAUCUUAUAAACUUCUUGGAAAUAUGUUAACAAAGAAGUAUUUUGAAAUGGUUGUGCAUUGAAAUUCAUGUAGUUCAUAAAGACAAGUACCCCUUAAGUACAGUUUGAAAAAUGCUCCUUUGAUCUGCAGGCACCAGUUAAAUGAAAAUUUGUUCUCUGCUUAGGACCACCAUCAACUGCAAUAUUACCAUCUUUAGGUUAUUGACCCAUGAUAAUUGAUAAUGACAACUGGAAAUUUCUGUUGGGUUGUGUAUUCUCUCUAUGAGAAUUUGUCAUUCUCUGUUGUAACCAAAAAGCCAUGUGCUCACAUGAACUACAUACAUGAUCAUCUAAAGAAUGCGGAAAUCCAAUACUAAAAUGUAAUCGCACGGAAGUUACCGAUUAUCAUUACAAGUCCACUACCUUAAAAUAUUUAUAUAUUUUAUGGAUCUUGAAUUAUGCUAGUUCUAGCAUACAAUUUUUAGAGUGAAAGUACAUUCUUGGCUAUGAAUAAUUUAUUUCAAGCCUUUUUAGUCUAUGCAUAAACAUUAUACCAGCAUUACUUUCAUUUCACAUUUUCAGAUAUUUAACAAGAGCUAUUAAUUAUUAUUAUACAAAAAUAUUAAAAUUUCCAAGAUUUUGGCAUAUGACACUAAAUGCAGGCUGAAUUUUCAGUUUAUAUGUUAUAUAAUUUAACUAGGAAAUGAAUUAGGUUAUGACACUAAGUUUGGAGACUACUUUCAAAACUUGGCAUUUGAUUGGCUACUUGAAAUUGACCCUGUCUCAAAUACCCAGAGCAUUAAAGAUACCCAGUACGUAUCUUUUACUAAAAUAGUUUAUUUUUGGAACUGUCAUAAAAUGUAGAAAAUUCUCAUCAAAUAAAUUUAAGUUGAAUAAAUAUGACUGUGUUUGUAAAGCUAUAUUCACAAUUUCUUGUCAGUUGUUUAAAAGAACUAACUACCAGUGUAUUGUUAGUGGAAGUACAUAUAUACUAUGCUUGUCUAUACAUGUACUUGAGUGUGAUAGUUACACAGUACAGUUUAUACACACAAAAAAAAUAUUAAUUUCAUGUUUACAUAGAUACUUUUCAGUAAAUUGUUUAUAUUUUUAAAUAAUUAUGAAUUUAUGUUGAAUAUAUCUUUAAGAAGCUUAUGCAAUUUUUAAGCAUUCAAAAUUCCAGUAUUUUCAAUGUUGUGAGCAUUUAGUUUUGUUGAACAAUGUUGUUAAACAGAGUUUUUCCUUCAUCAGUAUUUGAUAUAUUGUUUUCUCUCAUACUGUGAAGUCCUAAAUAUUGUGAGGAAAUAAUUUUCGUGGAUUAAGUGGUUGCGCCAUUCCUCAAUAUCAAAUCCCACCUACAAAAUUAAAUUCUAAUUCUUUUAUCUUCAAAGUGGAAAUCCGCGAAUUUAAAUCACAACGAAAUAGACCAUGAAAUUUUACGCCCUCCACAUUUAAAGGAUUUCACAAUAUUUACAUAUUGGUUAUUGACUUAUAGAUGAUCAUUGAUAUAUCGAGGUGUAAAACUUGUAUUGGGGAUUUUGUUUAUGGUUCUGUUUUAUCGUACAUGAUUAUAGAAUCAUUGCAGUAAGUUAGGAGUUUGUGCAUAUUCUGGUUGGUAUAUGUAAAUGUGUGAAUACACUAGCUUAUCUUGUAAAGGUGUACUGUGCAAACAGAUAUCAUGUUUAUGAGUCUGCCAAUAUUUAUUUCUAAUAUGUAAAUGAUGUUCAAUACACGUGUUACAGUUUUAAAAAAAUAAAGAAAUUAAGCUUAGAUACAAGUAAGAUUGGUUGGAUUACACUAAGUUAUUUUACCAACCAAAUUGUACCAGACAGCGUACUUUAAAAAACGCAAAAGAAAUAUAAAAAAAAUUACAAAAUGUUUUAACAAAAAAAUUUCUUACUGAAUCUGCCAAAGGCAAGAGCAAGGAUACAUUGUUACCUGCAUGCACAGUAUUUCCUUAAGUUUAUGCUAGGUAGCAUACUGAUGGAUUAUACAGAAUCAUCAAUUUACAUAAAAAUUUGAUUUUUGCUUUUGUUUUUCUACCUUAUACCCUUUUUGUUAUACACUUGCAUUCUGUGAUAAAUCAUGUGCAGAAUUAAUAUUUUUGUUUUAAUAAUAUACUCUUGUGGAGAAGUUUACUGCCUGUUUGUUGAGAAAUAAAUAUAUACCCAUAAACAUCAA